AUAUUAUUUAGUUAAAAUAAAACUGUUGUUCUUUUAUGUUCUACACUUUUUAAAAAACCUAAACCUGAAUAAUCUCAACACAGUUAACCUGUGUUCUGUACUACUCGUGGAUGUGUUAAUUAACUCAGAAAAAUUAAUUUACUUUUCCAAUAUCUCGUAUAUUUUAUUGUUUUUUUGUAUUUGUCUGUUCGCUAUCGUCGCUGCAUGUAAUGACCGUGAAAUAAAAUAGAGAAAAAAAUAAAAUGAAGAUUGGGGAAGAUUGAAAUAUAUCAAUCUAUGUAUUUUAACAAUGUAAAAACAUCACGUGUUUUACUUAAAUGUCUAACGAAUAAACAAUAACCCAUAUUACAGAAGGCCACUUAAAAGUUGCCAAAUAACUAUUAGAUUGAUAAUGGACAAUGGAUUUGUUUCGAAACUGUUAUUAGCAUUGCAAACUAAGAAGAUAAUUAAACUAUUAUCUCACCAAUGACAUUUUUUAAAAUAAUAUCUCAACAACAGUAACAGUAGUAGAUCAGUACGCCAAUAGUUUUGGUCCUAUGAUGCAUUGAAAAUGGUUUUUAACAGCAGUGCUGAGUUCUUCACGGCUUUUCUUUGUGCGCUGCAGACUUACUUUCCUCAGCAGUUAGAUCCAAACUUGAGGACCCCAACCGUUCCGCAGGCAGAAGUAACAAGAGAAUAUGAUUUCGUUAUCGUUGGAGCAGGUUCUGCAGGAUGUGUUCUGGCAAACAGGCUGUCCGAGAACUCUGACUGGACGGUCCUUCUGAUAGAGGCAGGAGGCAAGGAUGAUCACAUAUCUGACACUCCGUUCCUUGCCGAUUUUCUCCUCAACACGGAAAAAGACUGGAAUUAUAACACGAUUAAACAAGAAGGAGCCUGUUUGAAUAAAGGUGGAAUUUGCUCAAUUCACAGGGGCAAAGUAAUAGGAGGCUCAAGUACUAUUAAUGAUAUGUUUUACGGAAGAGGAAACAAAGAAGAUUACGAAGAGUGGAAGAGACUCGGAAAUGAGGGUUGGGGCUAUGACGACGUCUUGCCAUAUUUCAAAAAAGCAGAAAACAUGACAGAACCGUGUAUCGCUAUUUCUGGUUAUCAUGGAACAAGGGGGCCUAUGAACGUACAAUUCUCGAAAUAUCGAACUCCGCUACGAGAUCGAUACACAAAAGCCGCAGAGGAGGUUGGUUGGAAGUUGGCGGAUUAUAAUGGUAAAAAUCAAUCCGUAAUCGGUUACCAACAAACUACAAUAAAUGGAGCCUUGCGUGAAAGUGCUUCCAAAGCCUAUUUAAAUCCAAUCAGGAACAGAAAAAACCUUCACAUCAUUCUAGAAUCUGUAGUGAGUAAAAUAAUCAUAGAAGGCAGGGUGUCAAAAGGUGUAGAAUACUUCAGAGGAGGCGAGACGUAUAAAGUUUUCGUCAAAAAAGAUGUAAUUCUAUCAGCUGGUACGGUAGAAACACCGAAACUUCUAAUGCUAUCUGGUAUAGGACCAAGAAAAGAAUUAGAAAAACAUAAGAUCGACACAAUCGUAGACUUACCUGUGGGUUCCAACUACAUAGAUCAUGAGAAUGUAGAAGUAUUCUUCAAGCUCCCAGAAGAUUCUCCGGCAAUCACUCAAAUGGAUUGGAAAACAAAUGAAAGUGUCACGGCGUUUGCUAAAAGGAAAGGAGGUCCACUAACAAUGCCGGCAUGUGCAGCUGAAGCUGUUUCUUUCUUCAAUCCUAUCCAACCAGGUGAUCCUCCAUUAGUUAUGAUGACGUUUUGCAGUAAUGCCAACAUAGAACCGCAAGAGGUUAAAAACGGUUCUCUAAUUAAGGUUAUUUUAAGCAAUCUCAGGCCGAACAGUGUUGGCAACAUAACACUCAAUAGCAAUAACUUCAGGGAACCACCUCUCAUUCAGCCUAACAUGUUAAACGAUGAGACAGGCCGAAAAACUCUAGAACUGGGUAUAAAAAAACUAUUUAAGGUUAUGGAAGCUAAUAUAUUUCUACAGUAUUGUCCUGAACUAUAUACAGAAAAUGUACAGGCUAAAUGUAGUGGUAUGAAAGACGAAGACUAUAUAAAGUGUGUAAUUUUACAAUAUUCAUUUCCAGGACAACAUUGCGUAGGGACAGCCAAGAUGGGCCCUGAAAAUAAAGAAGAUACCGUGGUCUCCUCAGACAAUCUCACUGUGAAAGGUAUCAAGGGUCUCAGAGUAGUGGAUGGCUCAGUCAUACCAACUAUUCCUAGGGGAAGUACUAAUGCCGUUAUUAUCAUGGUGGCUGAGAAGGCUGCUGACAUUAUCAAAAAUUAUUACAAGCGAAAUGAGAGUGAAGAAAGUUCUACUAUCAACAACUCUAAUAAUACUGAAGAAAGUUCAACUACCAACAACUCUAAUAAGACUGAAGAAAGUUCAACUACCAACAACCCUAAUAAGACUGAAGAAAGUUCAACUACUGAGAGCAAGCAGGGAGAGAGUUCUGAUAAACCUAAACAAUCAAAUUUUAUAAAUAUGUUUCAACAAAUAAUUAAUCCUUACAAGCCAUGAUGACAAUUAUCUAAAACUUCCUUCAACAAAAUGUGAUGACUCCAGUAUAAAAUAUAAAAAAAAUAAAGUUGUAUUUUCAAGCCUA